GAGAAGAAGGCGUGGAGGCGCGGAGAGCGGUGGGAAGGAAGCGCAGCGUGGUGGCAGCCAGGUGACCGCGAUGCCACCGCCUCUCCUGCUUCUCCUGCUGCUCCUCCAGCUGCCCGGUCCCGCGCAGGCCGGGGACGAGGUGCCGGUGGACUUGGUCACCGAGCGGCCGCUGCGCUCUGUGAGCCCCGCCUUCCUGUCCUUCACCAUCGACGCCAACCUGGCCACCGACCCGCGCUUUCUCGCCUUCUUGGGUUCCCCCAGGCUUCGAACUUUGGCCAGAGGUUUGGCUCCUGCAUACUUGAGAUUUGGUGGCACCAAGACAGACUUUCUAGUUUUUGACCCUAAGAAAGAACCAACCUUGGAAGAGAGGAGUUGCUGGCAAUCUCAAGUCAACCAAGAUUUUUGCAAAUCCAGUUUCCUCCCUUUCAACGUGGAGAAAAGGCUACGGUUGGACUGGCCUUCCCAGGAGAAGCUGCUCCUCAGAGAACAAUACCAGAAAAAGUUCAACACCACCACCUACUCAAGAAGCUCCGUGGAUAUGCUGUACUCUUUUGCAAACUGCUCGGGACUGAACUUGAUCUUUGGUUUGAAUGAGUUGCUGAGAACGGCAGAUUCACAGUGGGACAGUUCUAAUGCCCAGUUGCUCCUGGACUACUGCUCUUCCAAGGGCUAUAACAUUUCUUGGGAACUAGGCAAUGAACCUAACAGUUUCAGGAAGAAGGCUGGUAUUUUCAUUGAUGGAUUGCAGUUAGGAAAAGAUUUCAUUGAGUUGCAUAAACUUCUACAAAAUUCCUCUUUCAAAAAUUCGAAACUCUAUGGUCCUGAUGUUGGUCAGCCUCGAGGAAAGACGGUUAAGAUGCUGCAGAGCUUCCUGCAGACUGGUGGAGAGGUGGUAGAUGCAAUUACGUGGCACCACUACUAUGUAAAUGGACGGAUUGCUACCAAAGAAGAUUUUCUAAACCCAGACGUGCUGGACACUUUCAUGGUAUCAGUGCAAAAAAUUUUGCAGGUGGUGGAGGAGACCAGGCCUGGCAAGAAGGUCUGGUUGGGCGAGACAAGCUCUGCAUACGGAGGCGGGGCGCCCCUGCUGUCCAAUACCUUUGCAGCUGGCUUCAUGUGGCUGGAUAAACUGGGCCUGUCGGCCCAAAUGGGCCUAGACGUGGUGAUGAGACAGGUCCUCUUUGGCGCCGGAAACUACCACUUAGUGGAUCAAAACUUCACACCUUUACCUGAUUACUGGCUGUCCCUUCUGUUCAAGCAACUGGUGGGCACCACUGUGUUCAUGGCAAGUGUGAGAGGCUCUGACCACGAAAAGCUUCGUGUGUACCUUCAUUGCACCAACAGCAAUCAUCCAAGGUAUAAAGAAGGAGAUUUGACUCUGUAUGCCCUAAACCUCUACAACAUGACCAAGCGCUUGCAGUUACCCCAUCGCUUAUUUCAUAAAGAAGUGGAUAAGUACCUUCUAAAACCUUCAGGCCGGGAUGGAUUACUAUCCAAAUCCGUCCGACUCAAUGGUGAAACUCUGAGGAUGGUGGAUGACCAGACCCUCCCGGCUUUGACAGAAAAAUCUCUCCGCCCAGGAAGCUCACUGGGAUUGCCAGCUUUCUCAUAUGGGUUUUUUGUGAUAAGAAAUGCCAAAGUUACUGCUUGUUUAUGAACAUGAAACGCAUACGCCAGCCCUGGGGUCACACAUUUCAAAGGCAUUGAUGAGUAAACCAACACGAGCUACAGAAAGCAAACAGAUCCCAUACAGAUCCACUAGGGGGCGCUUUAAGGACAUGGAGGACACCCUCCAUGCUGGAUGUAGCACAGGAAUCUGAUCUAAGUAGAACAGUGCUGGUAAUAAUGGCGAAUAAUGCCAUGGGGCAGACAUGAUGCCUAGCAUUCAGCAUGCACUAUUUCUAAGGAUAUGGAAAAUGUAUACGAAUGCUCCCAGUGUGUCCAGGAGGCACACGUGGAGGAUCUAUUUUUCACUUUAAGAAAGUGCUUGUUUUAUUUUUAGGAGGUGUCAGAUUCUUUCCUUUUCUUGCCAUCUUUUUGGGCUCCCACGUCGAAACUUUAUAGCCGCAACCUUGAAAUUGGUUGUAAAGAAGAAGCCUUCUCUCUGCAGUUUAUCAGGAACAAGAUCCAGCCAGUGCACCUCUUCUCUCUGUCACGUUUGUGUUCAUCAGCAGUGGUUCGUGAGAGGGCAGCAGGUUACAUAUGAGAGUGUCACAAACUGGUGAAUACAAUUUGGAGGGAGGUGAUGAUGUAAACUUCAAAUAAAGCCUUUGAAUGACUGUAAAUGAGAUUGAUUUCCCAAGAGAUGUUCUCUUAGAGAACAUCCGAUGCAUCAUAGCCAUCUGUUAGUGUUUAAUUUUUCUCUACUGUUCUCAUUUCAAUUGGGAAGUGUUGGGCUCUAAGUAAUAGA